AACUGCAGCCGGAGUCCUCCUAUAGUUUGGAAGGAGCUACUGGCAAGUCUCGUACUGCUGGAAGGAAGCGUCUCCCUGUCUCUCUCUGUCUCUCUCUUAUCCACUAUUCUAACUAGGACUUUGGAAGAGUGUCGCCUGGCAACACAGACACAAGAUACAGCCGCAAAGUAGAAGAUUAAAUCAAGACAAGGGAUAGCUUAUAUCCCGUCGCAUAUUUUAAAGAAGCAAAUAUGAAUGCUCCGCACUUUGCCAUGGACUUUCUGCUGUUGUGCAUAUCUUUCGGAGCAAGUGUCUUGGCAGCCAACUCUCCCACCGUGUCCCCGACGUUGCCAGACACCAAUUUCACCGAUCUUGGCGCAGCGUUCAGCUAUGGAGAAGCAGACAGCGAGAAUAUUCCCCUGACCAGGAGGAAGCGUUAUAUAUCCCAAAACGACAUGCUUGCCAUUCUUGAUUACCACAAUAAAGUAAGAGGGAAAGUUUUCCCUCCGGCGUCCAAUAUGGAGUACAUGUCGUGGGACGAGACCCUGUCUAAGUCAGCUGAGGACUGGGCCCACGCGUGUCUGUGGGAGCACGGACCUCGACACCUCCUCAGGUUCCUGGGCCAGAACCUCUCUGUCAGGACUGGACGCUACCGCUCUAUUCUCCAGUUAGUGAAGCCCUGGCAUGAUGAAGUGAAGGACUACGUGUUCCCUUACCCCCAGGACUGCAACCCCAGGUGCCCCCUGAAAUGCUACGGACCCAUGUGUACACAUUAUACACAGAUGGUUUGGGCCACAACAAACAAAGUCGGGUGUGCUGUACAUACAUGUCACAAUAUGAACGUGUGGGGGAACGUGUGGAAACAGGCAACAUACUUAGUGUGCAACUAUUCAUCCAAGGGGAACUGGAUCGGAGAGGCACCCUACAAAAUAGGCGUCCCGUGCUCCGCCUGUCCCCCGAGCUACGGAGGCUCCUGUUCCAACAACAUGUGCUUCCCAGCCCUCAACACAAACUAUCUGCAGUGGUUCAAAUAGAGUCUCUGUCCAGGCUGCGUCCCAAAUCACAGCCUAUUCUCUAUGUAGCCCUAUGGGCCAUGGUGUAAAGUAGUGCACUACAUAGGGAAUAGGGGGCCAGCCCUAGUCUAAAGUAGUGCACUACAUAGGGAAUAGGGUACCAUUUGGGACGAAGACUAACACCAAGCUAACAUCUUGACCCCCGACCCCACAGAGACUUUCCCCCCUGAAGGAUUUGUACAACAGUCCUGAAAACAUGCUAUUUUUGUAUAUAUAUGGGCUUAUUUACGUUGGAAGGCUGCACAUUUAUUUUUUUUAUAAUUAUGUGUACAUAGAAUGUAUAUUAAUGUUUUACGUUGUAACUAGAACUUGUGUUUUUAUACGAUUAUCCUAUGAUGAAUUGGAUUGAUUGAUUGAUUGAUUGAUUGAUAGGAAGAUAAUUUAUCUUGUGAACGAUGUUUAAUAACAGAUAUGGUGCAAAUACUGUUUCAGUAUUACAGUAUUAUGGUCAUUGGCCAUAGGAAGUGGAAGUGGAUACUCAUGGACACACCGCCUCACAAUGGUCCAAUGGAGACAACUGGAGACACCUUGUCAUUUCUGGAGACAGGUUAUUGACAUGGCAACGCUAGCAACAACAACAACAAAAAGUGAUUGCUAACUAACUGUAAACACCUUUAGCUGGCUAGCUAAUUAUCUUGGCUAACUUGUGGAGCAAAACAAUUCACUUAUUUAUCAUUAAUUAGCCACUGUAAAUAUAUUUGCUAGAAAAUGCUACGCUGUCUCCUAACCUGCGAGGUGUGUCCAGGAACGUUUACGUUUGGCAAUUUUAUGACACCUCCACAUCCAGACGUAGUACGUGGUUCAGAUGCAUUUUGACGUCUGAGGUAAAGACAAAGUAACACAGUGCUGGCUGCUAAUUUCAAAUCAAUUAAAUGGUGCUGAACACAGAGCACUAUUCAGCUCUCAAUGGUGCUGAACACAGAGCACUAUUCAGCUCUCAAUGGUGCUGUACACACAGAGCACUAUUCAGCUCUCAAUGGUGCUGAACACAGAGCACUAUUCAGCUCUCAAUGGUGCUGAACACAGAGCACUAUUCAGCUCUCAAUGGUGCUGUACACACAGAGCACUAUUCAGCUCUCAAUGGUGCUGAACACAGAGCACUAUUCAGCUCUCAAUGGUGCUGUACACACAGAGCACUAUUCAGCUCUCAAUGGUGCUGAACACAGAGCACUAUUCAGCUCUCAAUGGUGCUGUACACACAGAGCACUAUUCAGCUCUCAAUGGUGCUAAACACACAGAGCACUAUUCAGCUCUCAAUGAAGCUAAACACACAGAGCACUAUUCAGCUCUCAAUGGUGCUGAACACACAGAGCACUAUUCAUCUCUCAAUGAAGCUAAACACACAGAGCACUAUUCAUCUCUCAAUGAAGCUAAACACACAGAGCACUAUUCAGCUCUCAAUGGUGCUGAACACACAGAGCACUAUUCAGCUCUCAAUGGUGCUGAACACACAGAGCACUAUUCAGCUCUCAAUGGUGCUGAACACACAGAGCACUAUACAUUCCACACAUCAUUCUCUAGCAUUUUACACAGUAGGUUCAGUGAAAUGUGUAUACCACGACAGAUUGGACUACCAAUGUGUUUGGGCGUAUGGCAUGAUACUGUCGGCAUACUGUGUUCAGUAGACAUCUUCAUGUCUGCCUUAAUAAGUGUUUACCAACUGUAUGUACAUAGAUAAACCCUCACACUCUGACUAUUAAUAUCCUUAUACUACAUUCAUACUGAAAGUUAUUCUUUUUUUUAUACGGCAUAAGUAUUUCACUGAAGGAGUUUUUUUAAUAUAUUUUUUAAAUGAACUGUA